AGGGGGCAGGAGAAGAAGAACAAGAAGGGCGGGGAGCCGCCGCUGCCUGUUAGCUCUCUACAAGCAGGAAGAAGAGGAAAACAUGGUGCGGUGACUAAACCAGGACACCGACGGAGAGUAGCGUUCACCUCUUAUUUUUUUAAAUAGAAAUCUACCCAAGGACACGCGAUACCUGAGGUGCCAAGAUGAAUCGGCAUCGUGUGGACUCCCUCGGGCCUGACGAUGAGGUCAUGCCGUACAGCGACGACGAGACAGAUGACGAACUGGAGGCAAGCUCUGAAGAGGAACCAGAAGAAGAGCUGCCAGGAGCCCCGCUGCCCCCUGUGGAAGCUAAACCCAGCGAGAUGGGGUGGAAGGUGAAAGCCAACGACCGACCUUAUCACCAGCUGCCAGAGUUUCAGAAAAAAGUCUUCCUAUGCAUCAAGAAGAGCAAAUACUCUGAAAACUCCAUCAAGACGUACAAGUACAACGUCCUCACCUUCCUCCCUCUGAAUCUGUACGAGCAGUUUAAGAGAGUCGCCAACCUCUAUUUCCUGGCUCUGCUCAUCUUACAGAUUAUUCCGGACAUUACUACUCUGCCCUGGUACACCACACUGAUUCCUCUGGUGGUGGUGCUGGGAGUCACUGCCAUCAAAGACCUGGUGGACGAUCUGGCGCGGCACAGGAUGGACAAUGAGAUCAACAACAGGAAGUGUGAUGUGCUGCUGGACGGCGGGUUCCAAGAGUUGAAGUGGAGAAACCUCCAGGUUGGAGACGUGGUUCGUCUGAAGAAGGACGACUUCAUUCCAGCUGACAUCCUGCUGUUAUCCAGCUCCAACCCAAACAGCCUCACCUAUGUAGAAACAGCUGAGCUCGACGGGGAGACCAACCUGAAGUUUAGGCUGGGACUCAGAGUGACCGAUGAGAGGCUGCAGGAGGUGCGUCAGCUGGCUGAGUUUAAUGCUCUGAUCGAGUGCGAGGAGCCAAACAACCGCCUGGACAAGUUCGUGGGGACGAUGCUGUGGGAACGGGAGCGCUACCCUCUGGACCUGGACAACAUGCUGCUCCGAGGCUGCACGAUCCGAAACACAGAGGCGUGUCACGGCCUGGUCAUCUUCGCAGGAGCUGACACCAAAAUCAUGAGGAACAGCGGGAAGACGAGGUUCAAGAGGACCAAAAUUGACGAGCUGAUGAACUACAUGGUUUACACGAUCUUCGUGCUGCUGAUCCUGGUGGCGGCAGGUCUGGCCAUCGGGCACUCCUUCUGGUACGAGGAGAUCGGCUUAAAGGCCUGGUAUCUGUACGACGGCAAAGACCAGAGCGCCGCCUACAGAGGCUUCCUCAGCUUCUGGGGAUACAUCAUUGUCCUUAACACCAUGGUGCCCAUUUCGCUAUACGUCAGUGUGGAGGUGAUUCGUCUGGGCCAGAGCAAGUUCAUCAACUGGGACCUGCAGAUGUACUACGCAGAGAAAGACACACCGGCUAAGGCUCGAACCACCACCCUGAACGAGCAGCUCGGUCAGAUCGAGUACAUCUUUUCCGACAAGACGGGAACUCUCACACAGAACAUCAUGCAGUUCAAGAAGUGCACCAUCGCUGGACGCAGCUACGGUAACCCGACCACAGCCGAGGGAGUUGUGCUGGACCGAGGAAGGCCGGUCGACUGGAGCUGGAACCAGCAGGCUGAUAAAAAGUUCCAGUUCAUGGAUCAUGCUCUGGUUGCCCGUGUCCGAUCCGGGAAGGAUAAAGAUGCGAAUGAGUUCUUCAAGCUGCUCUCUCUCUGCCACACCGUCAUGGUGGAGCACAAAGAAGGCGAACUGGUGUACCAGGCGGCGUCUCCCGACGAGGGCGCCCUGGUGACGGCCGCCAGGAACUUCGGCUACGUUUUCCUGUCUCGCACGCAGGACACCAUCACCAUCAGGGAGAUGGAGCACGAGAGCACCUACGAAAUGCUGGCGCUGCUCGACUUCAACUCCGACCGCAAGCGCAUGUCCAUCAUCUUGAAGUUUCCUGACGGUCGCAUCCGUCUCUACUGUAAAGGAGCCGACACAGUCAUCUACGAGCGUCUUUCCCCAAACUCCAGACACAAAGAAACCACCCAGACUGAUCUGGACGUCUUUGCCAACGCGACGUUGCGGACGCUGUGCUUGUCCUACAAAGACAUCACCACAGGGGAGUAUGAAGCCUGGUCCCGGAAACACAAGGAGGCCCAGGUGACCAUGUCCAACAGAGACGUUGCCCUCGACCGCGUAUAUGAGCAGAUCGAGUGCAACCUGAUGCUGAUUGGGGCAACAGCCAUUGAGGACAAGUUGCAGGACGGAGUACCAGAGACCAUCGCUACACUGGCCAAGGCGGACAUCAAGAUCUGGGUCCUGACUGGAGAUAAGAAAGAAACGGCAGAGAACAUCGGAUAUGCUUGUUCCCUUUUGACAGACGGCAUGCAGAUCCACUACGGAGAAGACGUCAAUGAGAAGCUGAGCAUUCGUCAGGCCAACCGGAGAAACCAGCCUCAAACUAUACGUCGAGGCAAAAAGAAACCCGUGGAGCCUUUCUUCCCCGCGCCGGGCAAAAAUGCUCUCGUCAUAACCGGAGGAUGGCUGAACGAGAUUCUGUACGAAAAGAAGAAGAAACGUCGCCGUCUCCGCUUGCGGCGUCUCGGAAAGCGAGCGCCUCCCACCAACCCUGGGGACGGACAGCCGAUGGACGACUGGGAGAAGGAGAUGAGACAGAUCGACUUUGUGGACAUGGCCUGUGAGUGCGAGGCGGUCAUAUGCUGCCGCGUCACACCGAAGCAGAAGGGAAACGUGGUGGGUUUGGUGAAGAAGUACAAGAAGGCCGUGACGCUGUCCAUCGGAGACGGAGCCAACGACGUCAACAUGAUCAAGACUGCAGACAUAGGGGUUGGCAUCAGCGGUCAGGAGGGGAUGCAGGCCGUCAUGUCCAGCGACUACGCCUUCGCUCAGUUCCGCUACCUGCAACGCCUGCUGCUGGUGCACGGACGCUGGUCCUACAUCCGAAUGUGCAAGUUCCUGCGUUACUUCUUCUUCAAGAACUUCGCCUUCACACUGGUCCACUUCUGGUACUCCUUCUUCAACGGAUACUCGGCACAGGUCACCUAUGAAGACUGGUUCAUCACUCUCUACAAUCUGGCUUACAGCAGCUUACCUGUUCUGCUAGUUGGACUUCUUGACCAGGACGUUAACGACAAAAUGAGCCUAAAAUUCCCCAAACUCUACUUGCCCGGCCAGCAGGGGACGUUGUUCAACUACAAGAACUUCUUCAUCAGCUUGUUCCACGGCAUCUUCAUCUCGCUCAUCAUCUUCUUCAUCCCCUACGGGGCCUUCCUGCAGACCAUGGGGCAGGACGGAGAGGCCCCCUCCGACUACCAGUCCUUGGCCGUCGUCACCGCCUCGUCACUCGUUUUUAUCGUCAACCUGCAGAUCUCUCUGGAUACCUCCUACUGGACCUUUGUGAACUGCUUCGCGGUCCUGGGCAGCAUAGCCAUCUACUUUGGCAUCAUGUUUGACAUCCACAGUGCCGGGAUCCACGUCAUCUUCCCUGCACCGUUCACCUUCACUGGUGCAGCGUCGAACGCUCUGCGUCAGCCCUACCUGUGGUUAACCAUCAUCCUGACUGUGGGCAUCAGCCUGCUGCCCGUCAUCUGCAUCCAGUUCCUCUAUAAAAGCAUCUGGCCCUCUGUAGGAGAUAAGAUCCAGAGGAACAGGAAGAGGUACGAGAUGGAGAUGGAAGAGGAGGAGAGGAAGAAGCCGCCGCCCUUCGAGCGCGGCCGACGUUCCCGCCGCUCCGCCUACGCCUUCUCUCACUCCCGCGGCUACGCCGACCUCAUCUCGUCCGGGCGCAGCAUCCGGCGGCGCCCGACGGCCCGCGGCGGACCCCAGGACAGCAUCAGGGAGGUUCCCCAGAGAGAGGCCGAGAACAUCUGACGGAGCCGAGCGUGAGAUGGAGCAGAACUGUAUCCAGAAGGGGUUUUAAAUAUUUGGGAAAGUUCGAGGAGCGCUUAGUUCAUCCUCAUUUUUCACUGCUUAAAUGGUCAACAUCGGAAAUGGCGCAGAAACAAACUGCAGCCUGGUUGGAGUUUAGAGCGACCUCUUUCUUGAAGAAAGUUAAAUGAAGCGCUACUGAAUGCGUCUCCAGUCUGACUCCACUGCCUCCAGUUCCUCCUCUUUGCACAGACUCUUUGUUAAAAUUCAGAUGAAAAAAAAAAAACUCACCGACGACGCGACCGCGUUACCGGGGCUUUAUGUCAUGCAGCGACUGUGACUGACAAUGUUGUUUAACUCAGGAUUUUUAAAUAGAGAAGCCUUGUUUUUAGUCCGUUUGUCAUUGCCGGAUGUGUGGGUGGACGUGGAGCCGUAAUGUUAUUUUAUAUGAUGCUUAUUUUUGGCAUUCAUAGUUUUAGCCGGAUGUCUGCGGGAGCACUUGAUAUGUUAGUGUUUUAUUCAAAUUAAAUGAUAUAUUUUUAUGCCAGUCAAUUUGUCCGUUAUCUGCAUGAAAUCAGACAUUUUAGUUCAGUUUCACUUCCGUCCGUUAAGAUGCAAAUCCAAAGGUUUUCCUUCAAAUUAAAACAACGGGCUGAAGCUAAACAUAUCAAGGUAUGCUCUUUUAAUGUUUUAUUAUAAAUAAUGGUGGGAUGUUACUAUGCCAGGUGGUUAGAUGUUCUAAAGUGUGUCUUAAUUUAAAAACAACUUGUAAAUAGUGAUCUUCUCUCCUGUGCUGCAUCACAUGUCCCAAGUGUCCUUACAGAUGGAUGUUGUCGUCGCUACCUUAAGGAACCUCCACCUUUUGUUCCCGCCUUGAAAUCUUCUUUGAAAUCUUUGAAAAUGCCUCUUUCAAACCGGAAUCCUAUUAUUUGUUCUCUACCUCACUGUUUUGUUCUUUUAAUAUGCCCCAAGGUGCCUGAAACACACUCUGUAGGGAAACUGCAAGGAGCUCAAGUUUGUCUUCCUGUUUCCAGAAUGUAAAUUCAAGCGCUCCUUACUUCUAAUGGGGAAAGAAACACAGCAAGGAGGUCUCGGGCUAUCUUCAUGUUAUUAUGUCUAAGUAGUUUGUUCGGUCCUUUCUGUUUUGUUGUUUUUUUUACUUCUUGGAAGUUACAUCCCAUGGGAAACAAUAAUGAGGAUUUCUGUUUUUUUGUCACUGGUUGUUUAUAACUAACCCAAAGGUGAUGUUUGUCUUUUUCCAGUCCUGAUAAUCACACUUGGGAUGUUCUUAAGCCAAAAGUGACACGUUCCCGGUCCGUUACUGUAUCCCCCCCAUGCUGGUGUUACUGUAUGCAGACGUCUUUUUAUUACUGAAUGAAUGGAGGCAGAUGAGAACUGCUGGUGAUUGUACCGGCAACAGUUUCGUCUCUGUCAUAUGACGGUAUUUUAUCAUGUGGUUGUUAAUAAAAGCCAAGGGCACAUUUA